AUGGUGAAUGAAAUUAAGAAAACCGAGGAUAAUGUCAUCAGUACAUUAGGUGACAUUAAACAAACAGUUGAUGAUUUCACGGACAUGUUUGCGGACAUGAGAGGGAACAUAAUGGACGAGAUGUUCAAGAAAGGCGGAGAGAUCAAAAGGAGAGAAGGUACAAUAAUCGUGGCAACGAGGUUGAAAAAGAGAAACUUAUUCAACUCCAAGAAAACAUACACGGACGAGGAAACAGGUUGCGACACGUCUACGGGAUUGUUUACGGCACCUGUUGGAGUAUUGUACCAGUUUUCUGUUCAUACAUGUGCUAGGCAUAAUAAUUAUGCAUAUCUUGGCCUGAUGCUGGAAGGUAACGUUAUCGCUGCAGAUGCUAACUAUGGAGAUGCAUCUAAUAACUUUGGUGCAAUAAUAAGAGUUAAAUCAGGAGAACAAGUUUGUGUUAAAUCAGCAUCGUCAAGUUCUAAUCGCCAGUUAGUUCAAGACAGAUACAAGAUGAACACAUUUAGUGGGGUACUUGUCAAUAACUGA